AUGAUCUUCCCUCCUGCCUUCCUAGAUUCAUCAAGCUGCUGGAACAUGAACCACGACCAGCUGCAGCUGCAGCAAAUCGGCCGCGGCCAGGGCAACAACACUCAUAUCACUACUGUUCCUUCACCUGCUGGUCAUGGUGAUGGAGGAGGCAACAACAACAAUCUGGAAGGAUUAAUGGCCGCGGCCAGGGCCGGAGGAGGUGGUGGUGAUGGUGGUGGCGGCAGCGGCGGUUCUGGAGAUGGUGAUGGUAACGGCGGUAGGGAUAGUAAGCAGAUGUCGAUGUCCGAGCGGGCGCGGCUGGCGCGGGUGCCGCAGCCACAGUCGCGGCUCAACUGCCCGCGCUGCGACUCCACCAACACCAAGUUCUGCUACUUCAACAACUACUCGCUCACCCAGCCCCGCCACUUCUGUCGUGCAUGCCGCCGCUACUGGACCCGCGGUGGCGCGCUCCGCAAUGUCCCCGUCGGCGGCAGGUACCGCCGGCAUGCCAAGCGCAGCGCCAAGCCCAAGGCGGCAUCGACCGCCUCCGGAGCCGGAGCAGGGACGACAUCAAUGACGCCUAAGCCUAACACCACUGGCACCACCACCUCGUCGCCCGCUCUCCAGUACUCCAUGUUCGGCAGCGCGCCCCCGCAAGGCCUGUUAAUUGACAGCUUCGACCCGGCGAGCCUUGGCCUAAGCUUCCCCGCUAAGCUGCACUUCGCCGAAGGCGGCGACUACACGGUGGAGAGCGACGUGCACCACCAGCAGCAGGGGGACGGCGGCGGCAUGGACGAGUGGGGGGCGGCGCAGAUGCAGAGCUUUCCUUUCCUGCAAGCCAUGGAUCACCAGAUGGGCGGGCCGCCAGCUGCGGCAAUGCCCACCACAAUGGCGGCGAUGCAGGACAUGUUCCACCUAGUGCCACAGAGUGGCGGCAAUGGCGACGACGGAGGACACCGCCACUUCCACCACCAUCAGCAGCAGGAUUACACAAGCAGCAGGGCCAUCUACGGAGACGUCGUCAAUGGCAAUGGCGGCGGUGACUACAAUUUCUAUUCCAGCACCAGCACCUGGUAA